GAGAGCGCUAUAUAUACUCAAAUACUUACAAUCCGAUUCACUGUUCAGUGCUUACCGCCUUGUCUACUUUGCAGCAAAACUCUCCGGCGAGACUCACCGGAAAAUGGAUGAGUCAUGGAAGAUGCGAAUUGGAAUGGGAAUGCCGACCAAUAAACCAAACCUUCCUCGCAGAAAAUCAACCGAAGAAACGUCUCACCGAUCCAUUUUCAACAACUCCGACUCGCUGGACCCUGAGGAUUUCAACGACGUCUUCGGAGGCCCACCGAAAACCGUACUCUGCCGCCAAUUUUCCGGUGGUGACUUCUCAAGAUCGUCAAAUGGUUCAUUCUACGAGGAAGUUUUCCGGCCGACGGAAAAUGUGGCUCAGAUAAAAAACGGCCGCAGCUUGCCGGAGUUUAGAAUUCCGGCGAGUGGAAAUAAUCGGAGGAGCCAAGAGUUUUAUAAGGAUAUAUUUCGGUCGGACGGCGAUGUCCGGAGUUCGAUGUCGAGGUCGAAAUCGACGAAGACGAGUUCAUCGUCGGUGUUGAGUUCCGAAGAGUUGAGUCCGCUACGGCCUGUGAUCGGAGAAAACGACGACGUUUUGUUCUCUUCCUUCGCUUCGAAGCUCAGGCCAAUAAAUGUUCCAUGUAGAUGGAACUCAUCAACUAUGAUGCACGUCGAACACCCAAGUGAACAGGGUGUACCAGCUUUUCCAAGCAAUUGUCCUUCAUACAUCGAAAAAGAGUGCAAUGAGAAUUUUAGGAAUUCCCACUUUGGAUUGUCUCGGCAGGUGCCAUCCCCUGAGACCAUUAGUCUAGAACCCUAUGCAUAUGGCAGUGUCAAAGUGUCCAUUGAAGACUUCGAACUCAACUCCCCUUCAUCUGUAGUGUCUUCACUUUGCCAAGACCAAGAGGAAAAAACAGGCAUAGUUCAAGAUAAAGAGUUGCAAGAACAAUGCACAGAGCUAGAAGAAGAUGAAGAAAUGAGCUCUUAUGUUAUUGAGAUUAAUUCUGACCAUAGGACAGGAACGGGUGAAGCACUUGGCGUAGAUGAAGCAAUUGCGUGGGCCAAAGAGAAAUUUCAAACACAAAGUUCGGAGAAAGACUGGAACGUGAGAGAAGAUGAAAAGGAGCAGUCUGUGGAAAUGGAAGAUAGGCCUAAUGCUCAGCAGUUUUCAGAUGACCAGAUUGACAGUAAUGGAUCAAUGCCAUCUCCAGCGAUGGAAAUGGAAGUAUUGGAUGAAGAUAUAAGGUUGUGGUCAGCUGGCAAGGAAGCAAACAUCCGGUUGCUGAUCUCAACUCUGCAUCAUAUUCUCUGGCCAAAUAGUGGCUGGUAUCCUCUCUCUCUCACAAACCUCAUAGAAAGCUCACAUGUGAAGAAAGCUUAUCAGAAAGCAAGGCUAUGUCUGCACCCAGACAAACUGCAACAAAGAGGUGCAACACUCCCACAAAAAUAUGUUGCAGAGAAGGCAUUUUCGAUCCUCCAGGAUGCUUGGGCUGCAUUUAUCUCCCAAGAUGUCUUCUUUAGCUAGAGGAUGGUUGGCCCAGUCGAAAGUUUUGCAACUCAAACAGGAAGCACAUCUAGAGACAUUCAAUGGAAAGGGCCAUGUUUGAGACUAGGACUAUGCACCGAGGUUUGCUCAUUGUUUAACAGAUGCAUCAGGUUAUGCAAGUUAUGUUUCAUAUUUGGGGUGUUCAAUUCAAUCUAAUGAGUACGCCGACAUCUUCUUCUCCGGGAUGGUCAUGAUGAGCUAUGAGAUGAUCAUGAUGGUGCCUUGUGGUUAAUUCUUUUUUCUUUUUCUUCUUCUUUUUUUUUUUUUUUUUGUCAUUUGUUUUUU